AUCGCUCCUGUGUGUUCUUUCGCCUGAGCGAUCCGAUUUACCGCCGCCAUGAAGCUCGUCCGGUUUUUAAUGAAGUGCGCCAAUGAGACGGUGACAAUUGAGUUGAAAAAUGGCACAAUCCUCCACGGCACCGUCACCUCUGUUUCUCCACAAAUGAACACUUCCCUGCGAACUGUCAAGAUGACACCCAAGGGCCGCGACCCGAUCUCCCUCGAUACGAUCAACAUUCGAGGCUCCACGAUUCGCUACUACAUUCUCCCUGAUAGUCUUCCGCUCGACACGCUGCUGAUUGACGAUACCCCGAAGCCUAAGAACAAGGCGCGCAAGGAAGCGGACCGUGGCCGUGGCGGUGGUGGUGGUGGUGGUGGUGGUCGGGGACGCGGCGGCCGGGGUCGUGGCCGUGGAAGGGGCCGAGGCCGGGGGUUCUAAAGGCAUCAUCAUAUCAUAUCUACAUAUUAUGGAUGUAAUUCGAUCUGGAGUUCUAUUUUUUUUUUCUCUCUUCUCUCUUUCUCUUUCUCUUUUCUCGGUUUGCUUCGAGUCGAGACGAGCCUGGUUCUGAUGCCCGGGGGGAGGGGGAUAUAUGACGUCUCGUUUCGACUAGGGAUUUUGCUCCUUUUGUGCGGGUGGAUAACAGUGAAAAGCGAAAAGAAACAAAGACUUGGGCCGGCUUGAAAGCUGGCAAGGAAGGUUACUUGGUAUCGGAACGUACCGUUGAAUGACGGGAAUGGAGAGAAAGAAAAAAAAAAAAAAAAAAAAAAGAA